AUGCUGAUGGCGAUCCUGUUCUGUAUCGGCGACAUCGACAAUGCACUUUCAACCCACACAGGAUUCCCAUUUAUCGAAAUCUUCAAGCAGGCUGUUAAGUCGAAUGGUGGAGCCACUGCACUGACAUCUAUAGUCCUCUCGUUGAUGAUCUUUGCUACCAUAGCGGUUUUAGCAGCGGCAUCCCGAAUGCCGUGGGCUUUUGCCCGUGACAAUGGUCUUCCCGGAUCCCAAUUCAUCUCGCAGGUCAAUCCCCGGACGAAGCUCCCGUUGUAUUCGGUCGCACUCUCUGUUCCCACCACCUUCCUGUUGGGAUUGAUCAACAUUGGAUCAUCCGCGGCCUUUAACGCCGUUGCCUCUUUGGUCGUGUCUGGCUAUCUCGGCAGUUAUACUCUACCAAUUAUCCUUAUCCUGCACAAGAAAAUAUACCAUCCCUCGUCCAUACACUAUGGCCCCUGGACAUUGGGACGGCGCUUGGGCAUCUUUUGCAACAUUUUUGGGCUGUUUUGGAUUGCUAUCGUCAUGACCUUUAGUUUCUUCCCAUCUGCAAGGACCGAUUUGACCCUCGAAACCAUGAACUGGUCCUGCUUGCUAUGGGGCGGAACCAUGGUCGUUGGUGUUGUUAGCUAUUUCGGCUACCUUAGAGGGAGAUACAACGGCCCAAUCGUUGAGACCGACAUCAUCGAGCAGGUCGGACACAGGGUUUGA